UGAUCGGCCCAUUCAUAAGACUACAAACGUAAAUAAUUUUAGUCGUUUUCGGCGUUUUAUUUAUUCGUAAACGUGUUGCAAUAAACGUGCCGUUGUGUCGAUAAUUAAUAGAUAGCCGCUAUCUCUGUAUAAACAACGCAAAACAAUAGCAAUCAGUUGUUAUAACGUAUCGUUAUGUGUCAGGCGUGUCGUGCUCAAUUAAACGUAAUGUGCGAUAACUGGUAAUUAUUCAUGAGAGAAGUUACAAUUAUUUUGCUGACGUUAACGUGUUAAGCUGUGAAGAUGACCAGGUCGAGCUACAGACCCCUGGUGCCGCGCUCCUCUAACAAUUCCCUAGAGAACCGGGAUAUAGGGACUACAUCGCCCCCUGGCGAGCCUCUAGUUCGAGCCCCUGUUGGAAAACCCAGAUGUCCGCCAGCCAUCUCCCGUCUUCGAGUAGAAAAAGUUGAAGGUGGCUUAGCAGUCGCCGGUGUCGUCGUGGCUGCCAACUGUCAAAUCGUUCUCCCAAUAUUUGGGUUCCUUUUUAUGCUUGUGGGAUGUGUUCUCACUGCGGCUUCGUAUCGUGGUUGCGGUGAAAAUGAGGAACCGGACCACUAUGCAGCGCGUAUCGCCUUCACUGGCAACUCGCGCGUGCUCGGCCCCGUGUGCAUCGUCGCUGGCGCACUUAUGACGAUAGCUGGUAUAGUAUUGUGCAUAUUGAUGCGAGCAGCGCAGAAAAGGCAACGGCGUCUAGCUUUCCACUGUCCUAUACAUGGGGACUUCUACCCUCUGAGUCCUCAGAAUAGUAGAAAAUACUCCCGUAGCCCCACCGGUCUUUGGCGGUUCCUGCGCGGCUGGCUAGGCAUGGUGGAAGAGAGUGAGACCCCGCGCUGCCCCCGCUCCGUGGAGCCCGCGUCGCCGGCGAGAGCGGACGCGCCCUGCCCGCCGCCAUUACCCUUCCUUGUACCUAGCGACUCUGUUGUAGGCAUGGCGUCUGUUCUUGGUGCGCCGCUUAGUCCUGAACAAACAUUUGGGUCCAUAAAGUCUUUGGCAAUAUCCAGAGAAGUCGCCAGUUUUCCCCUGUCACGAUCACCGACACCUCCACCCUUGAGUUGUCCACCCUUCAAAGAGGAGCCAAAAAUAGGUGACAUCCCAAACGCAGUGCCAUCACACUUUGAUUGCGGGUCGCCGACCUGCAACUACCGCGUCGUCGAAUGCAAACUCACAACGACUGACGAAAUAAAUCUCACCGGCGACAGACAAGAGUCUACCCUCGCGAGUGUCCACAACACAGACAAACUGAGACCCGCCACCGUUUGUAUCACAAUCCCAAACGAGGGCAAAGGCUAAUACCGCCACGACUAAACGUAAUUUUAUUUUAGUGUCCAUGGCGAUAAUGACUGUUUCGUUGUUAAAUUGUGUUAACAGUGAAUUUCGACUGACAAUGGCGAUGAUAGCCAACGAGUGCAUUCCAACGUAUGUCGCGGAAUUUUCGGAAAUGACUUUCAGUGUUCAUUUAACUUGGUCAUCUAUGAAGACGUUACUACCUAUAUUAUGCUUGACAUCAACUGCUCAAACUAUCACAUUGGUCUUCCGCUAGCGCUCAUUAUAACAUUCUGUCUAUUUCUCUUUAUUAUUUAUACAAUUCAAUCACAAUUUGAUUGUAAAUUGUUUUCUGUGUUUGCAUUUACAUAUGAAUUACAUUUAUUUUAACUAGGAAAAAUUUUCAAUACAAACCAUGUGUAAAAAAUAUGUUCCUAUUUAAUUUAAAUUAUCUAUGGUUAUUCUGUGUCUUACGUAGAUGGGUACAUACAUUCGUAAAACCCACGAGAUUAUGUGAAUUAUAUUUGAAACCUAAUCUACGUAAGAUAUAAAUUCACCUUAUGCAAUAUACCAUGUGCGCAUUGUUAUCAUUUACUCAAACAUGUUUUUAAUAUCAUUUAAAAUCAUUUCUAUGUAUUUUGUUUGUGUUUUAUCUAUAUUGUCUAUAUUAAAAUUCAUAUUUUAAAUGACUUUUUAUACUAUAUGUAUAAUGUAUUCAUAUAUAACAAUUAUUAUACUUAAGUAUAAUCAUCAUCUAUCGUGAUAGGUUAGAAUUAAAUUUACAAUUUUCACUCUCGAACUUCUAGUCCACAUUUACAUACAUAAUGCUGCAUUGUUUUCCACCACCGACUAGUGUAAAUCUUAGAAGAAAUGGAAUUAUGGAAAAAAUCUGUAUGAGUAGGUAAUCUCGAGGUGGUCUUUAGGUCGGAAAUCGGAAUCAAAUGACAGCGACUCAUAACUUAAUUCAUAUAUUUAAUUAAAGCUUAUAUUAUAUUUGGCUCAAUUUAUCGUGUAGUGAAUUCAUUCAUAUUUCAUUGUCAGUGUAAAAGUAAUACGUAAUUUUCGGAAUAGGUAGGAAUUGUUAACUUGAUAUGUAAGAGUAGGCCGUUCAAAUAGAUUGUGAUACAUUUAAUUUAGAAGAGGAAUGGUUAUAAUGUUGUGUUCUACAUGCCUGCAAUAGGGAUAUUUAUAAAUGUUUUGUACUUUAUAAGAAUUCUCUCAGUUAAAAUUAUGCAAAUGUUAUAUUUUGUUUGUAUACUUAUUCAUAAGAUUAUACUCACCUGCCAAAAAAAAAACAAAAGAUAA